GCGAACGAACAGGCCAGCUGUUUUCGCCAACGUGUCUCUGGGUGGACCAAAGGUCGCUGCGCAUGCUUCGUAGACUCACUUCGAUCGUUAACGAUUUCCGGGUUUUGUCUUCUGCUGCUGCUGCAUACUCGCCAUAUACUGGCAUUUUGAAUCACACUAAAGGAUGAAUGCAUUCACACGCGUUAUUUACAUAGUAUUUGUUUAUAUCGUGGUGUUGGCUCCGUUCAAAGUGACGUCGUUUGAUUGUGACACGCUGCCGACGCCCAAAUCGUAUGUAGCUUAUCAGCUGAGACAAGGGGAAUCCAUACAAAUUGAUGGCAAACUAGACGAUAAGGCAUGGCUUGACGUGAAAACUACUGACGACUUUAUUGACAUUCAAGGAGAAGAUUUUCCCAAGCCUAGGUUGGAUACAUGGGUUAAAAUUAGAUGGGAUGAUACCUAUUUGUACAUUGGUGGUUAUUUGCAGGAGACAGACGUCUUCGCAAACCAAACCAAACAUGAUUCAGUUGUGUUUCUUGAUAACGAUUUUGAGGUAUUCACCGAUCCCGACGGCAGUACACACUGGUACAAAGAGUUCGAAAUAAAUGCCAUAAAUACCGUAUGGGACCUGGAACUUGAUAAGCCUUAUCUGAAUGGAGGAUCUGCCAAUAGUAGUUUUGAAAUGCCGUCAAUGAAGUCAGCUGUAUUCGUAGAUGGGCCUGUCAAUAACCCAAAGAUUAAAAAUAAAUAUUGGACAGUGGAAAUAGCCAUGCCAUUUAAAGACCUGGUUAGACAGACCUGCAAAGCCACGGCACCACCAAAGCAUGGGGACCAGUGGAGAAUCAAUUUCAGCAGGGUCGAGUGGCAUGUGCAGAAUGUAGACGGACAUUAUGAAAAGAUUUCAGGCUUACCAGAAGACAAUUGGGUUUGGUCCCCCCAACAUGCUAUCAAUAUGCAUUUGCCAGAAAGGUGGGGUAUUUUACAAUUUAGCACUGAUACAGUUAACAGUACCAAGUUUACAAGGGAUCCCAACUGGCCUGUAUAUUCAAGUCUUGUUGAGGUGUAUAAUGCACAAAAGAAAUUCUUUGCAAUUGAGGGUUAUUUCACAGAAAUCCUUAAUCAAUUGGACUUGCCAGAUUGGGUAACUAAAGGCCUAUGCACAAAGACACCUAACAUAACUGUAAUUAAGACGUAUAAUUUCAAUGCAACAGUCGUGCCCAUCAACCAAUCACUGCCCAGUGGCUACGUUCGAGAUGAUAGGCUCAUUUGGUUUUCUGGCGCGAGCUUGUUCUAAAGCUAGUCUAUUUUUUCAACAUUCGAGGCUGAGAUUUAGAACUAUUUUGUAUUAGAGGCUGGUGCAUAUCACAUUGGUGUCUUAACAUAUACAUGUAGUGUUUUGUCUGGUAAGGUGUAGUUCAUUUUAUUGAGAAGAAUUGUCGAGACGAUAUUACUUCAUAUUAUACAUAUUCGUAUCUCAUUUAAGAAUGCGACACAGCUUUGUAGGUAAAUUUGGAUUGUGUAGAUCAACACUAGUAACAAAUCUGAUCUCGAAUUAUGUUUAGAAAUGCUAAUUUAUGCUAAAAAAAAAGGCUUUAGUAUGUGAGAUUGCGUUUAUAUUUAAUUGUUACAGUAAUCUAUAUGAUUAUGUAAAACACUUAUUAGUUACACAACACAGGGAGAAGUUGUAUCACCAUAUUUACUCGUGUUUUUAACUGAAUGCUGAAACUUUGUUACAUUUUUACACGGAAUACCUAUUGCAAUAGAUUUAUUUUUACUUGAUUGAAAAGUUAAAUAACUUUUAUGCAAAUUUCCCAUUGUCUAGUUUACACAUAUAAACAGAAAUUGUCGUUUUCCUGCUUUGCUAAACACUGAUAACAAUAAAAAGUCUCGUUUGCUGUC